AGCCGCCCAGCUCGGAGCUCGUGGCGCGGCCGGUGGGCGUCUGCUCCAUGAUGCGGCUGCCGGUGCAGACCUCCCCCGAGGGGCUGGACGCCGCCUUCGUCGGGGUGCCCCUGGACAUCGGGACCUCCAACCGGCCGGGGGCGAGAUUUGGACCCCGACGGAUCCGAGAGGAAUCCGUGAUGCUUCGGACGAUCAACCCCAGCACGGGGGCCCUCCCCUUCCAGUCCCUCACGGUCGCAGACCUGGGCGACGUGAACGUCAAUCUUUACAACCUUCAGGACAGCUGCCGCCUAAUCCAGGAGGCCUAUCAGAAAAUCGUGGCCGCCGGCUGCGUGCCUCUGACCUUGGGUGGAGAUCACACAAUCACAUACCCUAUAUUGCAAGCCGUGGCAAAAAAGCAUGGCCCCGUGGGGCUGGUGCACGUGGAUGCCCACAUGGAUACCGCCGACAAGGCCCUGGGAGAGAAGCUCUACCACGGGGCGCCCUUCCGCCGGUGCGUGGACGAGGGGCUUCUGGACUGUAAGCGUGUGGUGCAGAUUGGCAUCAGGGGCUCUUCCAUGACCUUGGAUCCCUGCAGAUACAGCCGGAGCCAGGGCUUCCGCGUGGUGCUGGCGGAGGACUGCUGGAUGAAGUCGCUGGUCCCCCUGAUGGCCGAGGUGAGGCAGCAGGUGGGCGGCAAACCCAUGUACAUCAGCUUCGACAUCGACGGCCUGGAUCCUGCCUACGCCCCGGGCACAGGGACACCUGAAAUCGCUGGUCUCACCCCUAGUCAGGCUCUGGAGAUCAUCCGGGGCUGUCAAGGCCUGAACGUGGUGGGCUGUGACCUGGUGGAAGUGUCACCGCCUUACGACCCUUUUGGGAACACGGCCCUCCUGGCGGCCAACCUGCUGUUCGAGAUGCUCUGUGCCCUCCCCAAAGUGAGAGUUGUCUGAACCUGGUGCCCUUCAACGAGAAACAGCAGGUGGCACCCAGGACACAUUCUCAAGCACUGUGAGCAAGCAGUCAGUCCUGAGGAGUUUACGGCAAUAAAACUGUCUGCAGAAGUGUCUGGUGGCUGCAAAAUCAGGGCAUGAAGCAGAACUCUAACCCAAACACCUCACGUUUCUGAGGGGUUUGAAUUAACUUAAAAAAACAAGCACUUACGCUGGGACUCUUUCCUUCAAUGAAAGAUGGGGGCGGGGAUGGAGAAUUUGGUUAUCUAAAAAUUGGAGGAAUGAAAUAAAGAGACUGUGAAGUAACACUGUACGAACCUUCCGCAUUCCUACCGUAUUUUUAAAAUAUUGCUCCUCCCCCAAGAAGCUUGGGGGCUGCUUCUUGGUUUUAGGACCAUUGGGAACAAGAAUCUGAGAGUAACUGGCA